GCAAGGCACCAAAAUGGCAGCCAAACUUUAUACUUAAAAAACUACUCACAUUAAUUUUGCCUUUUUUACAAGAAACACCAAACUUACAUUCGGUGGAACUCUGUUCUCUCUCUCAUCACUGUUACAGAAAGGAGCACAAUCUAGAGGGAGAAAAUCAUGGGAAAAGAAGAAGGCCUGAAAUUAGACAAAUGGGGUUAUCAAGUAAAAACUUCUUCUGAUCACUGCAUUUCUGCCAUUAACGACUUCUAUCACCAGGUGUUGAAUUAUGGGAGAAAGAGGUCAAUCAUAUUGGAGGCACCAGUUCACGAUGGAAGUUGUGUUUUGGGCAAUACAUUAGCUGCUUAUUUCUCCUGUUCUACUCACCCUGCUGAAGCUCGUUCCUUUCUUCAAUCUGCCAAGUCUCACUAUGAUGAAGCAACAGAUUAUGAGAAAGCAGUGUUUGAUUCUGUUUCUUGUUUGGUUUCUGAAGAAAGGGAUGAUGAUGAUGCUCUUGAGUUGCAUUUUAAGUUAUUAAGAGAUUUUCCAAGGGACCUAGUCUCCUUGAAGCGGGCUCAAAUACUUUGCUUCUACAUGGGGAAGCCUUAUCCUUCUCUUGAUCUAGUGCAGCAGGUACUACCUGAGAAUGAAGAAGAAGCUUACAUUCAUGGCAUGCUUUCUUUUCCCCUAUUGGAGCUUGGACGCAUGGAGGACGCGGAAAGAGCUGCAAGAAAGGCACUUGAGAUCAACAACCAAGAUGUUUGGGCACAACAUUGCUUGUGUCAUGUUCUUCAAUAUGAAUGUCGUUUCGCUGAAGCUGUACAGUUCAUGGAAGAUUGCUCGCCUUCUUGGAGUUCUUGUUCUUCAUUUAUGUACACACAUAAUUGGUGGCAUGUUGCUCUUUCUUACUUGGAAGGUCAUUCUCCUGUUGUAAAGGUCUUGGAUGUGUAUGACAAUUGUAUCAUGAAGGAACUUGAUAGACCUGAUGCCACACGCUCAGAGGUCUAUUUAAAUGCACUAGGAUUGUUGUUGAGAUUACAUAUACGAGGUGAAAUAAGUUACUUUGAGGAUCGUUUGAAGAAUUUAGCUCAACUUUUGACUGAUAAAGCCCUUUGGUACCUGGAAUGGCAGCUUGAUUUGUUCAUACUAUGGGCCUUAACAAGUACUGACAAGAUUCCUGCAGCGCAAGAGUUACUUGAAGGCUUGAAACUCAGAGUAUCAAAUCUGAACGAUAAGAAGCGGAAGCAAAUGCAAAGGGGACUCUCUCUUGCAGAAGCUUUAUAUGAGUAUGGUAGAGGUAAUGACGAACAUGCUCUACAGCUCCUGGGUUCAGAUUUUGAUGUUUGUGAUUAUAAGGCAAUAGGCGCAUCCGAUGAGCAACUCGAUGUGUUCAAUGAAGUUUGGUAUAGCUUGCUACUGAAUACCGGACAAGCAGCAAAAGUGAUAGAGAUCAUUGAGAAACGGCUUAACACGAGGGAUGGCGUGCCCUUUUUAUGGCGUUUAUUGGAAAAAGGUUACUUGAUGAUGGGCAGGGAGGAAGCUGUGGGAGCAGCUGAGAAGGCAAACCAUUUGGAGAGUACCUAUUUUCAGUAGCUGCGUCGCCUGUAUGUAUGUAUGUAUGUAUCAUGUAUGUAUGUAUGUAUGUAUGUAUGUACUCGUAUGUAUUUGAGUAAAUGAGGGGAAGCAACCCCAUAAUAGGAUGCAUAGAGGUAUUAGUGUGAUAUGAAGUAGUGGAUAAACUGGUUUAAGGAAACAAAUAAAACCGAACAAGCCGGCUUAGGUGAUUAAGGGUGAACAAUUAACAUCGUUGUUGCA